AUGCCUACCGUUGUUGACAAGUCUGUCUUUGAUUCCAGCGGGAAGACUCUCGUGUCUCUCACACCUGAUAAUAACUCAUUGUGCGUGGCUAACAAAGUAGGAUUGACUAAGAUCCUGAAAAUUAAUAAUCCAGAAGAGGAACCCGAUAUCUUAGAUGUUGAAAAGGAAAUUACCUCCAUUCAAUGUGACUCUCAAUCCAGCUUUUUAAUGACAACGCAUAACGGAGAUGCAUAUCGAUAUGAUUUCAAAACUACAAAAGAUCAAUUGUUGGCAAGGUUCUCAUUGCCUGUUCGUGAUUGUACUGUAGUUCAUGGUGGGAAGAUGGGUGUGUUUGGCGGUGACGAUCUAGAACUGACUUUGAUUGAAUUGGAGACUGACAACUUCAAAAAACAUUCUAUUACAGUCGAUGAACAAAUUUCACAGCUAUCAUACAGUUCGCAGACAAACAUAUUAGCUGUCUCUUUUAUUAAUGGUAAAAUCGAAUUUUUUUCAUUAACCUCCACAAUUCCAAAUAAGAUCCAUGAAUUACCAGGUUAUAUUAUGAAAACCGAAUAUGACGAUACAUUCAAGGACAAACUUUUAACUAAGAUGGUUGAUGACUUUGACGACGACAGCGACUUAGAUGACGAUGAAGAUACUAAAGUUACUGACCCAGAAUUUUGUACAAACAACAGAGUAUGUACAAGAGUCUCCUGGCACCCGAGAGGUCAGCAUUUUGCCAUCCCAUGUGACGACAAAUCAGUGAAGAUUUUCAACAUUAAGGAUUAUCUUCCAAUUAAGACCUUGAUAAACUCCUCAAUAGCAGCCUCCAAUUUUAUUGAUUUAAAAUUUGAUCCCUUACAUGGAAAUUAUAUCGCCGGGGUUGAUCUUAAUAACCAGGUGAAUGUGUGGAAUUGGGAAACUUCCACUGUCCAUUACACAAAGAAGCUUAAGGAGCAGGUCACUAAUAUUGUAUGGAGAGUACAACCAGAUGGUAAAAGUUUAGACCUUAUCUUGGGUACAUGGACUGGUUCCAUUGUUACAGUCCAAAGUGUGGCUGAAUCCAUUAAACUGACAACAUCCAUGCAAAACCUGGACGAAUCUACUGAUAAAUCGACUGUUAAGAAUAAUUUAUUCGUUGAUUCUGAUUCUGAUAAUGCUGAUUCCAUUCCAUCGCAUCAAACGCCAAAUCUUGUUGAUGGAGAAGCACAUGAAGAUGAUGACGUUGAUAUUCAUAAUAGUGACACUGAAAAUCUAUUUACACAGGAAAAUAUUGAAAACAAGGAAGCGAAACGUAAAUACGUAUUUGAGGACGAAGGUGAUGAUUUCAUAGAUGAUGAUGACGGUGCAGGAUACGUUCAAGCAAAGAGACCACAUCUAUCCAAUGGAAAAAUAGUAAGAGGUAAUAAUAGGUCUCAGCCAACUUAUUCCGCAACUAGAUUCCGUUACAAACCUGUAUCACCUGGUGGGACUCCAUUUGGUAAUUCUGAUAGGAGGUAUUUGACAAUGAACAAUGUUGGAUAUGUGUGCACGGUUCGUAAUAAUGAACAACAUAGUAUAACCGUUUCAUUUUUCGAUAUUGGGAAAUAUAGCGAAUACCAUUUUGAAGAUUUAUUUGGGUAUGACGCUUGUUGUUUAACUGAAAAUGGUGCCUUGUUUGCACAAUCAAAAUCUGGUCAAUUGCAUUAUAAACCGCACGAAACCAUGCAUUCGAAUUGGACGAAGCUGAUUCCAAUGCAACGUGGAGAAAAAAUUACUUCAAUUGCAGCAACGCCAAAGAGAGUAUUCAUUGGGACCUCGUUUGGAUACCUAAGAACUUUUAAUGAAUACGGGGUCCCUUUGGCAAUUGAGAAGACGAUACCAAUUGUAGCCCUAACUGCUCAGGAUUUCAAGGUUUUCAUCGUGCAUUAUUCGCUGUACCAUGGAGUCUCAUAUUCUUUAUUUGAGCAAUCAUCUACAAUCAAUAAAUAUUACCAGCGAGAAUCCCCCCUACCCAUUGCUUUACCUCAAGGUGACCCCGAUGUUGAUGAAGAAUUUGAUACCAAAUUUUCAAACUUUAACCCAAUUGGUGUCAAAAGUUUAUUCUUUUCAAAUUUUGGCGAUCCAUGUAUUUUUGGUAACGAUAACGUACUACUGGUAUUGAAUAAAUGGAGAUCGAAUUUAGAAAGUAGAUGGGUUCCUAUGUUAGAUACCGAUAUGGAAGUUUGGAAAAUGGCAGGAGGCAAGAAAGAUACUGAUGUUCAUGUUUGGCCACUAGGAUUGAACUUUGAUACAAUGAAUUGUAUCCUUGUAAAAGGUAAACAUGCAUGGCCUGAGUUUCCUCUGCCGUUACCAUCCGAAAUGGAAGUUAGAAUGCCAGUACUUGUUAAAAGCCAACUAUUAGCUGAGCAGGAAAAGAAAGAAGAGCAGCAGUAUGAUGAGGAUGCCAAUAAAAACGAAGAUAAAGAACUGACAGUGCCCGUUAAUCUUGCGGCAGAAGAAGAGUCUUUGCGUUCUAAAGUCCUUUCUGAUCUUCUCACGGAUACAUUAGCGGAUAGUGGGGAAAUAUAUGGAAAUGAACAAGAAAUAUUGACCGCCUUGUCAGGUGCAUAUGAUAAAGCUAUACUGCGAUUGUUUGCAGUGGCCUGUUCUGACCAAAAUGCUGACAAGGCACUUUCUCUUGUCCAAGAAUUAAAACAAGACAGAGCAUUAAAUGCUGCAGUUAAAAUAUCCGAAAGGGCUGAGAUGAUGGGAUUGGUAAAGAAAAUCAAUGACAUGCGUGAAGCAAGAUUUGAUCAACAGAUGAACAAUAUGUAG